CACAGUUGCCGAUCAUAGAAAGAGGUAUUGGAACUGAAAUGCGACUGUGGAGUUAGUAUCGUGCAAGGCUCCACAGUGGCGUUGGAACCAAGAUGUCGGGAAUAUGUUACAGCAGACUUCUUAAUUUUAUGUCAAAAUGUUCAUGGACGUAGCUUAAAAAUAAGUAGAUAAAUUUAAUUGAUAAUAAAUUAUAUUUAUGUAUAAGUGCCACGAGUAUAAUGGCGACACCCACUAAUGGCAACGGCAAUCUCAUCGAUGAAUUUGAAGAAGCAUUUCAGCAAUGUUUAAGUAUAUUGAUAACGAAAGACGAAGGGUUAGGAAACAAUGGAAUUGGAGUAUCUGGUGGUUUGACUGUGGAUAAAGAAGAAGCACGUAGUGAAGUUGAACAAGUCACGCUAAGGUUUAUAGAUCUAGCAAGACAAAUGGAAGCUUUCUUUCUGCAGAAACGAUUUUUGUUAUCUGCAUUGAAACCAGAAUUAGUAGUGAAAGAAGAUAUCAAUGAUCUUAGAGUAGAAUUAGCGCGUAAAGAAGAUCUCAUAAAAAGACAUUAUGAUAAAAUUACAGUAUGGCAGAAUUUAUUAGCAGAUUUACAAGGUUGGGCAAAGUCACCAGCUCAAGGUCCAGCACCUAAUGGUUUGCCAAAUGGUACUCAAAGCGGACAAAACCAACAAAGUGCCAAUGGAGGUGGAAAUGCAACAAUGCAACAACAACAACAAAUAUUACAACAUCAGCAACAAAUGCAACAGCAACAACAGCAGUUGCAACAUCUACAACAGCAUCAAAUGCAACAACAACAACUUCAUCAGCAACAGGUGCAGCAAGGAUCUGGUGCACCUCCGACAUCAGGCCUUCAAGGAGUUGGAGUUUCAGUUGGGCAACAAGGAAUGUUUAUGACACAGGGAGGAGUAGGUGUGACUGGCACACGGGGUGGAUUUCCCGUUGCAGGUGUAGGAAGUAGUGCCCUCCAGGGUCCUCUCGCUUUCCUGGAAAAGACAACGAGCAAUAUAGGAAUGCCCGAAAGGCGGAGUUGACGCGGAAGGGGGAGGGGCCGGGGUCGGGGUCGAGGAAAAGGCCGAGGAAGAGGACGAGGCGGAGGUGGAAGUUUACCUCCGCCACCACCACUUCUCGAUACUUCGGACCCGUCGUCGUAUGCUGCUGCUGCCGCAGUUGCAGCUGCUGCGGCAGCGCCCCUUCCCUCUCCACAGCAGCAGCCUCCACCACCUUGUACAUGAAUAUAUUUACAAGUUAAUUUGUUACUGUAAGAUAUCGUUCUUGUAUGUAAAAUUAUUGCGAUCGCAGAAAAUUGUUCUCGAGCUUAUAGGUUCUUAUUUUGUUUAGUAAAACGAACAAAGGGUUUCGUUAAUUUAAUGUUAAGUACGUAAUACGUUUUAUCAUAUACUUAUAUAAGUAUAAACAAAAUAUGCGUAAUGCAUGUUGUUAUUCUAAAAAGAAAAAAACAGGAAUUUUAAUUGAAAAAUAAUAAUUAAAUAAUGCCAGUUUUAUUAAAUCGUAUAUCAAUAUAAAUAAUGGACAUUUAGUUUUAACUGGAAAAAUAUUCUGCUGUGUAAAUUAUUGAUUUUUUUUAUUCUGGUAUUUUAUAUUUAUAACCAGUAUGAAUGUUUAAACUGUUCAAGGGGAUAAGCAGCAAAAACUGUACAUAAGAAGAUUGCGAAAUACUAACAAAAAUUUCACAUGUACAUAAAAUUAGAAAUACAACUUUUCAUACAAUAA